AUGUAUCAACUAGGGAAAUGGAGAAAAUGGCUCCCUGCAGCAGAGUGGUGGUACAACACUAACCAUCAUAAUAGUUUGCAAAUGUCUCCCUUUCAGGCCUUGUAUGGUUACAAGCCUAUUCAGAUGAACCUGAGGCCUGAUAGCACAUUAGUAGCUGUUGUGGAGGAUUGGGCACAAGAACGAGUGGGCUGGAACUCCUUGCUCAAGGAGAACCUGUUGAAGGCUCAGAAUAGGAUGAAACAAAUGGCAGAUAAAGGGAGGACUAAGUACUAUGGACCUUAUCAGGUAGAGCACAAGAUGGGGACUGUAGCUUAUAGGUUGAAGUUACCUGCAGGAUCAGCCAUACAUCUUGUUUUCCAUGUCUCCCUGCUCAAAAAGUCACCUAAGGGGGCUCAAAUCAACACUACCUUGCCUGCCCUGAAUGAUGAUGGUGAGUUUGGUGUUGUUCCCUCAGCAGUUUUGGACCAGGGGACAAUUUUUAGGAUGGGACAAGAGGUCGACCAGGUGCUGGUGCAGUGGGAAAACAUAGAACCCGAGGAGGCUACCUGGGAAGAUUGGUCGUUCAUUCAUGCUCAAUUUCCUACUUUCCAAAUUAAUCAAUCCUAG